UCGGGUACGGUCUGGUUCUAGACUCCGCCCAGCCAGGCCGCCGGUGUCGGAUAUUGAGAGACACCCGAGCAGAGAGCGAGAGAGACCUCGGGAGCGUCUGAGGUUGCUAAUAACUUUCGGCUAUUCAUCAUCUAAAUUCCUUCUUCCUUUAUUUACAAUGUCUACAUCGGGGUCCUUGGAUCGAUUGGAACUAUGUGAAAGCCUUCUGACAUGGGUUCAAACAUUCGGUGUUGAGGCGCAAUGCAAGACUGUAGAGGACAUGACGAGUGGCGUCGUCAUGGCUCAGGUGCUACAGAAAAUAGACGAAGUGUAUUUCAGUGAUGCAUGGAUUAGUCGAAUUAAGCCAGAUGUGGGGGACAACUGGAGGUUAAAGAUCAGCAAUCUAAAGAAAAUUCUCAAAGGUAUCCUAGAUUAUAACCAGGAGAUUCUUGGCCAACACAUAAACGACUUUACGCUACCUGACAUCAGUCUCAUCGGAGAACACUCUGAUCCUGCAGAACUAGGGAGGAUGCUUCAACUCAUUUUAGGUUGCGCUGUCAACUGUGAACAGAAGCAAGAAUAUAUCCAAACUAUUAUGAUGAUGGAGGAAUCAGUCCAGCAUGUCGUCAUGACAGCCAUCCAAGAGCUGAUGAGUAAAGAGACACCAGUGACAGGAGGGAAUGACUCCUACGUGGAUCUAGACCGACAGCUGAAAAAAUCUGUGGAGGAGCUGAAUGAAGCUUUGGCUACAAAGGAGGAGAUCUCCCAGAGGUGUCGUGAGCUUGAUAUGCAGGUCGCAGCCUUGCAGGAGGAAAAGAGCAGUUUGCUAGCAGAAAACCAAGUUUUAAUGGAGAGACUCAACCAGUCAGACUCGAUUGAGGACAUAAACAGCCCGGCUGGCCGCAGGCACCUCCAGCUACAGACCCAACUGGAGCAGCUCCAGGAAGAAACAUUCAGGUUGGAAGCAUCAAAAGAUGACUACCGGAUCCGUUGUGAGGAGCUCGAAAAAGAACUCGUGGAUGUAAGGUCGCAAAAUGAAGAGCUCACAUCUCUGGCUGAUGAGGCCCUGUCCCUCAAGGAUGAGAUAGAUGUGCUCAGGCAUUCAUCAGACAAGGUGUCAAAGCUUGAGGGUACAGUCGAACACUACAAGAAGAAACUUGAGGACAUGGGACUUCUCAGGAGACAGAGUAAGCUUUUGGAAGAAAAGAACACAGUUUUAAUGGAGUCCAACAUCAGUUUAGAAGAAGAGCUUCGAAAAGCUAAUGCUACCAAGGGGCAGCUAGAGACAUACAAGCGACAGGUGGUCGAGCUUCAGAAUAGACUGUCGGAGGAGUCAAAAAAGGCCGACAAGAUGGAGUUUGAGUACAAACGUGUCAAAGAGAAAGUAGACUCUCUACAGAAAGAAAAAGAUCGUAUGCGAACGGAGAGAGACUCUUUGAAGGAGACCAUUGAGGAGCUGCAUUGUUUCCAAGCUCAAGAAGGACAGCUUACAUCAGGUCUUCUCCCACUGACAAGCGCUGACGGCUCUGAUUCGUUGGCGGCUGAGAUCACGACGCCUGAGAUUCGGGAGCAUUUAAUUCGCCUUCAGCAUGAGAACAAGAUGCUGAAGCUGGCUCAAGAGGGUUCGGAUAACGAGAAGAUUGCUCUGCUACAGAGUCUGCUGGAAGACUCUAAUAGAAGGAAAAGUGAACUGGAGACGGAAAACAGGUUAACUAACCAGCGCUUGAUGGAGGAACAGAGUCAGAUAGAAGAGCUACAGAAAAAUCUGCAAGAACAAGGCUCCAAAGCAGAUGACUCCUCCAUUAUGAAGAAGAAAUACACGGAGCACAUGGAGAAAUUACAAGAGGUGAACAACGAGUUACUUAAGAAAAAUGCCUUCAUUGAUGAGAUGGAGCCCAAAUACGCUGCCAGUUCUCAACGAGUGGAUGAAUUAGAGGAGGCCUUGAAAAAGAAGGAUGACGAGAUGAAACAGAUGGAGGAACGAUAUAAGAAAUACCUUGAGAAAGCCAAGAGCGUGAUUCGCACCCUGGAUCCUAAGCAGAACCAAGGCUCGGGUCCGGAAGUUCAGGCCUUGAAGAACCAGCUGCAGGAGAAAGAACGGAUGUUGCACUCAUUGGAGAAAGAGAUGGACAAAACAAAGAACCAGCGGGACUACGAGGAGAAACUAAUAGUGUCGGCCUGGUACAAUAUGGGAAUGGCUUUCCAGAAGAAAGCGGCUGAAGACAGAUUGGCCAAUACUGGCUCCAGUCAGUCUUUCCUGGCCCGCCAGAGGCAAGCCACCACUUCCCGCCGCUCCUACCCAGGGCACGUCCAGCCAGCUACCGCAAGAUCCGUCAGGUAGAGAUGCCAGGCAAGACAGCCACAAACUUUCACCACUUUUAUUCCUCGCAAAACUUAUUUUCCCCUGACUCAAGUGAUGGCAGACCACACACAGCCCAGCAUUAUUCUAUCAGUCGUUAUUAAUCACCUCAAAUGCAUUGUUUACCAAUUAACCUCAACUUCUAUAUGCAGUACUCAUACGCAAUUCUACCUACUAGAUAUUAAUCCUAAAGUUUCUUUAGUUUUCUGCUCCCACCAUCUGACAUUGUCUGAGCUUCUGAGUUGUAUUCAUAUAUUAGUUGAUAUGAUGAAUUUAUUAUUACCAUCCCCAGAACAGAACUUAUUUUCUCACUAUUUUGUCAACAGUGUAAGUCCAUAAUGAUCUUAUUAUCGUUAUCAUAUUAACGUCUCGAAGGGUUGAAAUAAUUUCAGGUCGAACGGCUUCACCAGCAUCUAAUUGGUUCUCUCAUGAAAUGUUUAGUGCCAAAAUGGAAAACUAUACCUACGAUAAAGACAAACGUACUGGGACAUCUGCAUCUUGUGGAAGUGGAAAUUGGAGAAAUGAUGGGAGUUGAGCGCCUCCUUCAUAUUUUUGCUUUUUGUCGACUUUCAUCCAGAAGAACAUUUUGUAAAGUUCAUGCCUCACAAUCUUCGUUUUGUACCUUUUUUCUCUCACAGACUUUCAAAAAUUAAUCUAUGGAACCCCAGAUCUGACAUGGGAUUAUUCUUUUUUUUUACCGUGGCUACAAGAGAGGUAUAACUUGUGGACACAAUAGACAUUAAUAUCCAUGUCAUUUGUGAGUAAAUUGAUCUUACCUUCCUUAGAAACUGUAAAGUUAGUCAGGACUACAUAUGUUGCAGUUUCCAUUUUAAGGUGUGCUCGGAUUGCUUAACCUGACGUUCGUUAUUCUUGGAUAUUUAUUUGCUAUUUUUUUUAAUGCGCAUAUCUAUUUUGUGGCCACAAUUGAGCAUAUCGUUUCCACAAGGUAUGCUGUGGUAAUAAUUGUUUUUCCCACAUAACGUCUGGUGUUCCAUAGUUCUCCGCUUAAAUCAGGGCCAGAAUUUGCUGCUAACAUUCCCUGCGAUCUGACCAUUAUCUCCUGUUCUCCUCCCUCCCCCUAACAGCAAUAUCCCAGCAUGAUCGGCACAACAGUGGCCCGGCCUGAUACGGCUCGGCUCGUCUGUGGUCUGUGCUGGCGAGACCCGAGGCGCACGCUGCAUGAAAUACCCGCCUGCUGACUCUUUGCAUGACUUUGCAUUGACUGUGAGUUAACCCAACAUACAAGCGACAGCAGCAUGAGCACUAACCGCCCUCUGCAGCAUUGCAAUCCUCGGGCGCGCCGGUAGGGGGAGCCGCGGGAAAAGAAAUCCUUUCAUACUUCCCGUCUAUAUUCAUUCAUCUCGUUUCCAUUUUCCCUAACUCCCAUCACUGUUCCUUCUUUGCGCCUCACGGACACAUCUGCUCGUCUUUUCAACCUGCAUCAGGUCUGUUACGACCCCGCCUGUUACGAAGGCCUCAGCCAGGGCCAGAACAGUUGACAUCUGUCCUGAAUACCUCAACAGCAUUUUCUUACAUGUUCAGUCGUGAAUUGAUGUCAAUACUUCAUAGGAAAACAGAACAAAAAAAGUAAACAGCCUCGAAAUUAAGAGUGACACUCUCCCCACUUAGACGCUUUGUCAUUGUGUUUAAAAAAAAAAGAAAAAAAAUCGGUGAAUGCCGUAAUGUCUUGACGUGGCUUGAGGGGGUGCUAGCUGCGUUUUUACCUCAAGUUUUAUUUGAUAGGCACAAGAUGAGCAAAUGUUCAUAUGCAACAUAAAAACCACAAGUCAAUUUUCAAGUAUUUUUCUAAGCUACAUCAUGUCUUACCAGUAUGUAUUUUAUGAUGUAAUGUUUAUUUGAUACGUAUUUAGUGUACUCGGGACAUAAAAUUGGUAUUAUGUGCGUUUCAAUAUAAGUCCAAGGAAGUAAAGAACCAGUGUUGAGCCAAAAGCAAGUAUUCACAUCUGUGAAGCAUUUGUAGAAAAUUGAUCAAAACUAAAUCAGUUUCUUUAGGCCAAUGUAGUCUCUCUUUUUUUUUUUUUUUUUUUAGUUAACAAAAGUGAAGCAGAUGAUAUUUCGCCUCGAAACCCCCCACCCAUUUUAUUCUGUGCAACGUAAUACUCAUGAAAAAAAAAAUAGGUCACCUUUAUCAUGCAGCAUCACGUUACAUUUUGUGUAGCUUUUUAAUGCAUAUUUAUAUUUUAUUUGCAGGGCUUAAUAUGUCAACAUCCAUAAAAGCGGUGGUGAUAUGCAUGUUACGGGCAUAAAUGCAUACUUUCACACGUUAGAGACAGUUUAAUCCUCCAUUUAGUGCCUUUGUUACUGGUGCGAUGCUUUUUAAGGCAGUGAUGCAAGCUGGCCUUAAACAUUAAACGUUUCAUUGUGUCAUUUUGUAAAGAAAUAUAAGAAAUGAGCAUCCACCACCUCCACGUUUGUAGUUGAAAACUAGAAUUGAUGAGGGCUUGUCUGUUAUAUUUUUACUCAGUAAUAUCUAACGGUUUAUCUUAUGUAGUGCAUUUUUUUUUUUAAAUCUUACAAAGUUAUUUAUUCUGUCUUGUGCACAAGUUUUAGUAUUAUGUUGCCAGUUUAACUGUUCCAUGUGACAUUAAUAUACUGGUGGUGUCCUGCAUUGAUUGUCUUCAUGUAAUGAAUUGACCGUAAGCCCAACAGUCUGAUUGGUCAACAGAUUGUUUGUGACUUUUAAUUUCUUUACAGGGAAUGGCACAAUUUCAGGUCUUAAAUGGUUUGGUAAAUCUUGUAACAAGAAAAGGACACUUAAAACUGUAAUUAAUUUGUAUUGGAUUUACUGAUCCUUCAAAUGAAAAUAUUUUAUACUUGUGUGGCUGUUUGCUCACUUGGGAAUUUAAUAAAAUUGUCUUUCAAGA